AUGGUCUCGUUCAAGUCCUUUUUCUGCGCCUUGAUGGCUGCUACUACGGUGCUGGCCGCCCCUUUCGAUUUCCUUACCGAGGAGGUCGACGACGGAAACUCAACUCUUCUCUCUAAGCGUGCAGGUACCCCCAGCGCUGAGGGUACUCACAACGGCUACUUCUACUCCUGGUGGACUGAUGGCGGCGGCAAUGCCCAGUUCACUCUUGGUGAGGGUUCUCGUUACUCUGUUCAGUGGCAAAACACUGGCAACUUUGUCGGUGGAAAGGGUUGGAACCCUGGCACUGGCCGCUUCAACCCCUCUGGCAACGGCUAUCUUGCUGUUUAUGGAUGGACACGCAACCCGCUGGUCGAGUACUACGUAAUUGAGUCGUUUGGCACGUACGACCCCAGCAGUGGUGCUCAGUACAAGGGUUCCUUCUCGACCGAUGGCGGCAACUACAAUGUCUACGUCUCUACCCGCACCAACCAGCCCUCUAUCGAUGGUACACGCACCUUCCAACAGUACUGGUCUGUUCGCCAGGGCAAGCGUGUCGGUGGUGCCGUCACCAUGCAGAAUCACUUCAACGCCUGGGCCAGAUUCGGUCUCAACCUUGGUCAACACUAUUACCAAAUCGUCGCUACUGAGGGCUACCAGAGCAGCGGUAACUCUGACAUCUACGUCCAGACCAAGUAG